CGGGUAUCUUCGGCAAACAAAUGAGCUCUAAAAGGUUCUUUAUUUUUAACGCUGAGUUACAAAUCUUGUGUUUAUAGUCCUUGGAACGUGAUGUUGAUGGUUGAUGUGGAAAUAAAAUUUUGAGCGAAUGAUACUCUUUAUUUACUCUAUGUAAUUAUAUUUUGAAGGAGUGUAUUCACGAAACGGUUACGUUGAGCAGUAAACAUUCAAUAAUGUGUCCAAUAUACUUGCUUAGUGUUACUUUUCUCUUUAUAGCUUUUUUCGGUUGUGUUAAUAGUUAUUUCAUUACUGUUGACGCUCAUGCCGAGGAAUGUUUUUUUGAUAAAGUAAAAUUGGGAACUAAAAUGGGCUUAAUGUUUGAGAUAGCUGAAGGAGGAUUUUUAGACAUAGAUGUGAAAAUAAUUGGCCCUGAUGGGAAAGUGAUAUAUCAAGGAGAACGGGAGACCAGCGGCAAGUACACCUUCGCUGCACACGUGGAAGGCGUGUACACGUAUUGUUUCAGCAACAAGAUGUCGACGAUGACCCCGAAGGUGGUGAUGUUCAAUAUGGAAGUGGGCGAUGCUCCUACCGGCGAGCAGGAAGGUGAUGGCAAAGAUGAUCACAACAAGCUGCAGGACAUGAUUAAGGAACUGUCGACGGCGCUAACGGGCGUGAAGCACGAGCAGGAGUACAUGGCGGUUCGAGAUCGCAUCCAUCGCAGCAUUAACGAGAGCACGAACUCACGCGUCGUCAUGUGGUCGUUCUUCGAGGCGCUUGUUCUGGUGGCCAUGACCAUGGGACAGGUGUACUACCUGAAAAGGUUCUUCGAGGUACGGAGAGUUGUGUAAGUGUGUCGGACGACCUAGCAGCGUCUUUUAUACUUUCUGAGCCACAAAUAUGUCCAUAUGGCAAUCUCCAGCAAAUUAACUUUACGAUUUACAAAACUAGAUUGGAUUAUAAAAAAAAAGUGUAAUUGCUAAAUACAAAAUGUAAUAAAUUUGCUGUCACCAUGUAUGUAUUCCUACAAAGACAGUGUUUCACUUUAAGAGGGUGUUUUCUUUUGUCACACACUAGCUAUUAUAAACUCUUUUUGACUGAUGCCAAACUCACAUGUUAUCUUUCAGCACACCUUGUCAUGAUUACAGGAUUCACAAACACCAAAGGUAAAUAUUAAUAUUUAGCUUGUUCCAAAAAAAAGUGAAUUGAUCAAAUAAUAUUUCUUAAUUACAUCUUAAACAUAAUUUGUUUCCAGCAGUGCUGUGUGAUGUAUCAAUUUUUUACCUUUAAAAUGUUUAUAUUUUGUACUUUCUUCCAUUUGCAUUGUAUCUUAUUUAUUAUCCUUUUAAUAUUGAGUAUGGAAUUUACAUUUUUGCUAUUUGUGUCUUGUGAUACAAAAGAACAAUGUGUAAUUGCUAGCAAUUUAUUUGUACCAAUUUAUAAUAUUUUGAGAUUCAUUCAAUAUUCUUUGUGAUUUUCUUCCAGGAUAGAUAAACUUUUAUUGCAGGUCCAGGUUAGAUUAAUUCUACUCCAGAUUAAGAAGAAAACAGGUUUAUAUGGGCAAGUUUGGCACAGGAAAAAUGUCAGUAGUUAGGUGUGCUGGUGUAGCAGUAGGGUAAAUUCACUAAUUGGCAGUAUGUAAAUGAUAGAAAUUUAUUUUUGUGAAAGCUCAAAAUUUAUGCUUAUUGUGAUAAUUUUUUUUAAUAGUGUCAAUUGUUGACUAAUAUUAUAUAUGUUAAAUUAUGUAAAAGUAUUAAAAUUGUGUUUGAAUGUAAAAAAAACUUUUGAUGUAGGUACAGUUGUUUUAAAGUCUCUUUAGUUUUGUGAUCCAACCUAGUUUGUAUGAUAGGUUUACCCAACCUUCAUUUAAGAAUUAAAAACAUUUUUAUAAUGGUUACAGGUGA